AUGCUCUCUUUACCUCCAACACCCAAAAUUAAUAAAAAAUAAAUAAAUAAUUGAAAAUUAGAAACAAAGACCAGAUUAAGAACAAGUCUUCAUCUUGAGCCAGCCUCUUUUUUUUGGCUUUCUUUCUCUGUGAGAAGAAGAAGAAGAAGAAGAAGAAGAAAGCGUAUCUGGGUUUUUUAUUACAGCAUUAAUGGUUUCUGGUAUGUAGAGAAAAAACCCAUCUUUCCUUUGCAAUUUGGUCCCUUUUUUUGGCUUAAAUCAGAGAAUUUGGUCGAUUUCUGAGCGAACCCAGAUUGGGGUUUCCCCCCUUUUUGUUGUUUUCUUGAUUUGGUAUCAAGAUUCAGUGAAUUUAGAGCUCUUUAAUGGUUGUUACCAAAUGCAUCAGGAUUCACAAUCCAUGCAUUUUCCUUUUGGUUUCUUCUGCUUUUAAUUCCUCUCGCUGGAUUCUGGGUGUUGUGAGAGAUCUCAGAGUUUUGAGUGAUUUGGCUGUGAAAUCCUUUAAGAUCCUUCAAUAAAUUUGCUCUUUGUUUUUCACUCUCUUAGAUUUCCUUUUGUUUGAGGAGAUCUCUUUCUUGGUUGUUGAUGUCAACAAUGGGUCUCAAACUUAGGAGCUGAGAAAUGAGAGAAACCUCAAUUUGGAAAUAAAAAUCCCAACUUUGUCCCUUAGUUUUUCCUCCAUUGUCUAUCUUUUGGAAUGGAGGUUCCAAAGGACUUUGGGAAUCGGGGUCAAUGGGUUCCAGUGACCCCAGCAAAGCCCAUCCCACUAAAGGGGCCGCCGGCGCCAACUCCGGUGAUCUUAAAUCCUAACUGGUUCAAUUCCGGCGUCGCCAACGCUGACUCCGGUGAGCUACGGACAUUGCUAUUUCAUGGCGAGGGAAUAACUCAGAUGCCCUACACUAGACUGCUGGCGACUAAUGAUCCGGCGAUCAUGAGGCAGAUGAAUGUAGCUCCGAUUAUGAUUGGUCGAAUUGGUCGUAGUAAUCAGGAGAUGAAUGCUGAGUUCUUGAACCAGAAUCGGUUAAUGGUGAAUGGUAGGAACUCGUCUUUGCCGCCAUUAGCACCGAAACCUCAGUAUAGAAUGUCCUUUCCUUACUUACCAAAUCUUAACUUGUUGCCUGAUAAUAACACGGCGAGCAGAGUUGUCAAUGAUCUGAUGAACUACCCAGCACCUCCAGCAACCAUGGAGAAGAACCAGAUGGAAAGGAUAAAAGAUUUGGGUUCGGUUAGUAAUGUGGCAAGCUUCCAGGAUCUGCUAUGGAAUGAGUCUGGAAAAUUGCAACAAACUACAGUAGAUAAGCCUCAUGAGGUUAUCGAUCUGGAUUUGAAUGAUGAAACAACAAGCUUUCAGGAUCUACUGAUGAAUGGAUCUGGAAGAUUCUCACCAUUUGCUGCAGAGAAACCAGCAGAACAGUCUUUUUCAAAUCAGGUGGACUGUUCUCAGGUUGUUACUUCCCAAAAUCAGUUAGAGGAGAGAAAUGUGGUUGCAAAUUCAUCUGAAGAAACCAUUGUUCAGCAAGCCGAUGGAGAGAAUCAAGGAAUAGAUUUGAAUAAGACUCCUCAAAAUAAGCCAAAGAGGAGGAAGUAUACACCAAAAGUGAUUAGAGAAGGAAAACCUGCUAGAGCACCAAGAAAACCUGCAACUCCUAAGCCUCCAAAAUCUGUAGAAAAUCCAAGUGGAAAGAGGAAAUAUGUGAGGAAAAAUAAAGGUGAAAGCCCACUAGAGAAAGAGACCCCCACAAAUGCACCAGAAAAUAUUGCUGAUCAAGAUAGCAGCAGUAGGAAGAAGCCAGUUAGGCGAAGUUUGAAUUUUGAUUUAGCAGAGUCUCAAGCUGCAGAAGAUCAAUUAACAGGAUUAAGGAAAGAAACUGUUGUUAGCUCCCAAGGGCAGGACUCGGUUGUUUUAGAGAGUUCAAUUGACCAUGGUAUUGAAUUUAGUCUCAACAGUUCGAUGAAUCCAUCUGGCAAUGAGAAUCUAAGAGUUCCACAAACUCCAAAUCAACCUCCUCAGCCUUCGAGGUUGGAAAUGAUGAAAAUGAAAUGGCAGGCUGACUAUGAAAAAAUGGUAAAUGACAUGAACUCAUCAUCUCAGCAGCCUGCUAGAAGAGAGGGAGAGAAUUUGAAGAAACUUGCUAGGAUGAUGAAUUGUCGAAACAUUCAAGGCAAUGAAGUGAGAAAUUCACAUGUGGCCCAAGUCCCGGUUGCUUCAAAUGGAAGCUCAGAUCUGCUACUUCAAGUGGGAAAUGGAGACUACAACAGAAUCAGCAGGACAAAUGGAAACUGCAAUGUGAACUACACUGAUACUCACAAGAGAAGGAGAGUAGAAAAUGAUCAGAAUGAGUCCACACAUAAUGCUUCGUCUAUGUCGUCUUGUCCUCCUUCUAGUGGUUGCAAACCUAUCCAUACGAUGCAAACUACUAGUUUCACCUUUGCAGAUGCACAAAGGUUGAUGGCCCAUGGGAGAAUGCAAUCAUCAAAGCAUACAUUGACAUUUGAUUACUACGAGAGGCAGGCAAGCUACAAACAAGUUCAAGAUCAGAUACCAAUCUUAAGUCCUACAAUGAACAGUAACCAACCUCCAACUCCUGAAAAAACAUCAAUAUACAGUAAUAAUUGUCAGGCAAAUGAGGUUUAUGGACCCAAAGCUCGUGUUGAGGUUCUUACUGAAAAGCAAACAAAACCAAAGGCUAGAAGGCAGAAGAAAAAGGAAAAAGAACAUCUUGUUAAUUCCAUGGCCACAAAUGUCCAGACGAGGGUACUUGUACAAUAUGGGGAUCCUUUGGAGGAAAUUGUUCAAAGAUUGAAGCAUUUGGACAUAAAUGGCAGUGAUGGAGUUGUUGUUGCAAUUCAACCACAAAAUGCGCUAGUUCCUUAUGCUGGUGGAAGUGGUGCUAUAGUUCCCUUUGACGACAAUCUUAUCAAGAAGCGGAAACCUAGGCCAAAGGUUGAUUUGGAUCCCGAGUCAGAUCGGGUAUGGAGACUUUUGAUGGGAAAGGAAAGUGGUGAAGGCAAGGGAACAAACAUAGAUAAGGAGAAGUGGUGGGAGGAAGAAAGACGAAUUUUUCGUGGUCGUGCAGACUCAUUCAUUGCUAGGAUGCAUCUGAUCCAAGGUGAUAGACGCUUCUCCAAGUGGAAGGGAUCAGUUGUGGAUUCAGUAAUUGGUGUUUUUCUUACGCAGAAUGUCUCCGACCAUCUUUCAAGCUCAGCAUUCAUGUGCCUUGCUGCGAGGUAUCCUCCUCGGUUAAAGGAUAACAACAGGAGUGCUAAUGUGGAAACUAUAAGCAGAUCUAUAGAAGAAGUAUCAGAGCCAGAGAUAUGUGGCCAAAGCUCAUCAAGCCCCAAGCAACCUGUGCAAAUGCAUAAUAAAGAAAUGGCUCCCAGCAAUGAGUCACUUGAAAGCGAUAAUGUAGGCAGUAGCAUUCUGGAUUUUCAUGAAAUAGGGCUAGGAUUAGGUCAUGAAUCACCGGACAGCGUUUUGGGCACUGCCAUUACUGUCACUAGCUGUACAAGUGCAGUAGAAGGUGAUGACAAGAAGUCAUCCGAUGAUGUUGUUUCAUCGCAGAAUUCUGCAGCUUCAUCUCACAGUUCGUCAGAAUUGCCAGCUCAAACAACUGAGCAGUUUAAACCAAGUCCAUCAUUGAACUCUGAAGCUGAUGAGUUGCUAACUAGACGAAGGGGCAAUGGCGUCAGUUCAUUCAGAGAGCUUCUGGAGAUGGCAGAUGGAAGAGUGCUGAAUAACUUGAAAGCUACUGGCAAUGAAGGGAUGCUAUCCGCGGAUCAUAGUGGUUUUAUUGACUGGUCAAGUUUGUGUGGUACUGCAUCUUACAGUUAUCAAAAUUUCUCAAGCUCUGGAUCUUUGAGAACAGAGAGAUCUGACGUUUUCAUAAAUGAUUAUAACCAGUCUAAUUUGCAUCCAUCUGCUUUUGGUUUAAAUCAAAGGACUAUUAAUGAGACAACCAAUGGACAAUUUGGUGCAUAUACAGAAAGUUCAACCAGCGUUAAAGCUGCCCCUCAUGCAGAAGUUCAUUUGGAAACAACUCACCAAGCAGUUCAAACACCUCAACCUUAUUCAAAUUUACACAAUGACAACCAGAGGAACAAUUUGGUUGCCGGAGGUGUAGCUGAAUCAAAAUUAAGAAACGAAGCAAACACAUCCCAAAAGGUUUCAUCUGAAACUCUGAACAAGGAAUCAAAGGUUAAAAAUGGAAAAAUUGAGAGUGAGAAGAAGACCUAUGAUUGGGAUAGUCUGAGGAAGAAGGUACAAAAAGAUGGUGCAAAAAAAGAACGGAGCAGUGACGCAAUGGACUCGCUGGAUUAUGAAGCAUUAAGGAAUGCGGAUGUAAAUGAAAUAUCAAAUGCUAUCCGUGAGAGAGGGAUGAACAAUAUGCUGGCUGAACGAAUUAAGGACUUCCUCAAUCGGCUAGUUCAAGAUCAUGGAAGCAUUGAUCUCGAAUGGUUAAGAGACAUUCCGCCGGACAAAGCAAAGGACUACCUUCUUAGCAUAAGGGGACUGGGGCUCAAGAGUGUUGAAUGUGUUCGGCUUUUGACACUUCACCAUCUAGCUUUUCCUGUUGACACAAAUGUUGGUCGCAUAGCUGUGAGGCUUGGAUGGGUACCACUUCAACCUCUGCCAGAGUCUCUUCAGUUGCAUCUUUUAGAAAUGUACCCUAUAUUGGAGACAAUUCAAAAGUACCUUUGGCCUCGGCUAUGUAAACUUGAUCAGCGUACACUGUAUGAGCUACACUACCAGUUAAUUACUUUUGGCAAGGUUUUCUGUACAAAGAGCAAACCAAAUUGUAAUGCUUGCCCAAUGAGAGGAGAAUGCAAACACUUUGCAAGUGCAUUUGCUAGUGCGAGGCUCGCUCUUCCAGGACCAGAGGAGAAACGUAUGGUGAGCUCAACAAUUCCCGUUUCCUCUACUAGAAGCUAUGGCUCGGUUCCCGUACCACUCUCCCUGCCUCAACUUGAAGGGAUUACACACUCAAGAGAACAAACAGCUUCUGGAAACUGUGAGCCUAUCAUUGAGGAACCUUCAUCACCUGAGCCCGAAUUUAUAGAAACUACAGAAAUCGAUAUAGAAGAUGCUUUUUAUAAUGAUCCGGACGAAAUUCCUACAAUAAAGCUCAAUUUUGAAGAGUUCACUCAGAAUUUGCAAAAUUACAUGGAUGGUGAUAUGUCAAAGGCGUUGGUCGCCAUAACUCCAGAAGCUGCAUCGAUCCCCAUGCCUAAGCUCAAGAAUGUUAACCGGUUGCGAACGGAACAUCUAGUUUAUGAACUACCAGAUUCACAUCCUCUCUUAGAAGGACAGCUGGAAAAAAGAGAGGUGGAUGAUCCCUGCCCUUACCUGUUAGCUAUAUGGACUCCAGGGGAGACUGCUCAAUCAAUUGAGCCCCCGACUGCAUGCUGCAACUCUCAGGAUGCCGGUAAAUUGUGCAACCGGAAUACUUGCUUUAGUUGCAACAGUAUAAGAGAAGCACAAGCGCAAACGGUCAGGGGGACACUUUUGAUUCCAUGUAGGACAGCAAAUAGAGGAAGCUUUCCUCUCAAUGGCACAUAUUUUCAAGUUAACGAGGUAUUUGCGGAUCAUGAUUCUAGCCGUAACCCCAUUGAUGUUCCAAGGGACUGGAUAUGGAAUCUUCCGAGAAGAACUGUUUAUUUCGGAACAUCUAUACCAUCAAUAUUUAAAGGACUUACAACUGAAGGGAUACAACACUGCUUUUGGAGAGGGUUUGUGUGUGUGAGGGGAUUUGAUCGGACAGCAAGAGCACCAAGGCCUCUCUUUGCAAGGCUACACUUCCCCGCUAGCAAAGUAACUAGAACCAAAAAGCCAGGAGCAGGAGCAGCAUCAGAAGAGAAGAAAGCAUAGAUUACUGACCAACAAAUUGUUCUGGAUCAAGGUACUGAAGAGGCUGACAGUUUUUUCUGUAACAUGAUGAGGCCAAAACAUUCUUGUAGGAAGUAGAAGAGAAAAAAAACAAGUUAAGAAGUAGAAAAAAGAACAUGAGAAUAGUAGGCGGGGGAAGUAUUUCUUGUUUCGUGAACCUCUACCUUGAAGGGCAAUAAUACAUGCAUAAGAGAUCGGUGAGAAGUUUCACUAUCAAGUGUAAUUUAUAACUAGGAUUCUGUAUCAUAAUGUUCAAUCUGGCAAUUUUCAAGUCAUAUCUAGGAUGUUAUGAAAUUUCCAUGAGCAGGUGGAGCUUUGAUCAGUAGAACAUGUUUGUACUUCUAUGUAGCAUGUAUCUGUCUCAAAUAAGUAAAAAAUCAUCAUGAGAAGUGUAUAAUUCAAUGAUGGCAUCAUUCUUUCGCAUAAAAUGCCGGUUUCUUGCAGGCUUUAUUGUUC